ACUUGCAGCUGAGGCUCCACUGACCCCAUUGCCCCACUAGGAAGGAGGUGCACAAAGCCUCCUCUGUCCUGGCUGAGCUGCUGGGAGCCAGAGGCCUGACUGUCUCUCCCAUGGGUCAAGGCCCAGCUCCCUCCCUAGAGGAGGGAGGGAUGCUCACUGGGAGGCACCCGCUGGGAGGCACCAUGCAGGGCCCCAGUACAGGGUACCGCCUGGUCCUCUCCCACAGCUGGGAGGGGCCAGUACUGAAGGCAAGAGUCAGGCCAGUGGGCUGGGAAGUCAUCCAGCUGGCUGCUCAGCCUGGGUUGCACAUGCCUUCCUGUUACAGCCUGGGCAGGACAAGCUGUGAGAACACCUUCCUUGCCCCACACCUCUGCGCCUCUGGCAGCCAGCAGCACAGACUAUGUCUGUGACCAGUGAGGAGACAGCACCAUCCCUGACCCAGGAGAUCCUCAGCCACCUGGGCCUCGCUAGCAAGGCUGCAGCUUGGGGGACCCUGGGGACCCUGAGGACCUUCCUCAGCUUUAGUGUGGACAAGGAUGUGCAGAGGCUACUGAGAGCCAUUACAGGCCAAGGUGUGGACCACCCCACCAUCCUGGCUGUGCUGACCAACUGCAGCAGGGAGCAAAGGCAGCUGGUCUCCAGAACCUUCCAGGAGCGCACCCAGCAGGACCUGCUCCAGUCUCUGCAGGCAGCACUGUCUGGCUCCUUGGAGAGGAUCGUAGUGGCCUUGCUACAGCCUACAGCCCAACUCGAUGCCCAGGAACUAAGGGCAGCCUUGAAGGACUCGGGUUCUGCUGAGGAUGUGGCCAUAGAGAUCCUUGCCACCCGAAACCCAUACCAGUUGCGGGAAUGUCUGGCUGUUUAUAAGUGCGACUUCCAGGUGGAGGCAGAAGAGGACAUCAGCUCAGAGACCUGUGGUGUCUUGCAGGACCUGCUUCUGGCCCUGGCCAAGGGCAAACGUGAGAGCUACUGUGGAGUUAUCGACUACCACCUGAGUGAGCAGGAUGCCCAGACACUGGAGCAGGCUAAGGGGCCCAGCAUGGAGGGAACAUGGGUGCUUAUCCUCACCCAGCGAAACCCUGAACAUCUUCGCAGAGUGUUGGAGCUAUACCAACGGUUCACGGGACAGGAGCUGGAGGAUACCAUCCGGGACCGCUUCCUCGGAGCCACCCAGGUGGCUCUGCUCAGCCUAGCCUCCAUCAUCAGGAACACUCCGCUAUACUUUGCUGAGAAGUUGCAUCAAGCGCUCCAGGAACCUGAGCCCAGUCACCAAGUCCUCAUGCGCAUCCUUGUGUCUCGCUGUGAGGUUGACCUUCUAAGCAUCAGAGCUGAGUUCAGAAAGAAAUUUGGGAAGUCCCUCUACUCUUCUCUGCAGGAAACGGUGGAAGGGGACAGCCAGGCAGCCCUGCUAGCACUGUGUAGAGCUGAAGACAUGUGAGACCUCCCUACCCCCACCCCAUGGCAUGCAAGGAUCUGACAUUCUCUACUGAGCCUCUUGAAGACCCAUGGGACCCCAAACUGGAUCACCCCUCACUGAGUACCACAUGAUCCAGCUUCUUGUUUUUCUGUCCUUUGUCUCUCCCAAGUGAUGUCUGGCUUUGGGUGCAUCAGUUGUCUUGAGGGUGGGGCAAUAGGGUCUCUUUGAAAGUUUCCGCCCUUUGCGUCCGUCCCUGAUCCCGGCCUGACUAGUUCUUGGAUAAUUUGUUCGCUUUACCAGUUGUGCCACUGCGCACGCACGCCUGCGCGCACACACUCCGCCCCACCAACCGCCUGUCUGAUACUUGAAUUUUCUUGGCCAGUUUCCCUGUUGUUUGUGUUCCCUGACUGAAGUUUGGGUGGAACAGGACAUGGGCUGAGAAGA